UUAUCAGUUCAGUUCUGGGGGCUCCCAUUCCCUCUAAUGGGCACCCACCACAACUUAGCGCCUCUCCCUCUCUCUUUCUCCUUCUAACACCCCCCCCCCCCCAAACCCCAAAUCCUUCCCCUCCACCACCGGUGGCUUAAACCCUAACCCUAACUCAAUGGCUUUAGCCGGCGGCUUUGCGAGCUCUAAGGCAAUCCAAAACGACGCCGUUGUGGCGGCGCCUCCAAAACCGUUGCCGUCUCCUUCUAUAAUCGAACGAUUUAGGGCGGCUUUAAAGGAGAGAGAGGAGGAACUUAGGGCUUCUUCUAUGCCGGUCGUCGACGACGAUGAUGAUGUUAUCGUGUUGCCCCCGACCAUGGACGAGAUUGUUAGGCUUUACGAGCUCUUUUUGUCCGAUUUAACUUUCAAUUCUAAGCCUGUCAUUACUGACCUCACCAUAAUUGCCGGCGAACAGAGAGAACACGGUCAAGGCAUCGCUGACGCCAUUUGUUCUCGCAUUCUCGAGGUCCCAGUAGAACAGAAACUACCCUCAUUAUACCUUCUGGAUAGUAUUGUAAAGAAUAUUGGCAGGGAUUAUGUCAGGCAUUUCUCUGCCCAUUUACCUGAGGUUUUCUGUGAGGCAUACAGGCAAGUGCACCCUAGCAUGCAUCCUGCAAUGCGCCACCUCUUCGGGACAUGGUCAACUGUGUUCCCAGCACCUGUCCUCCGCAAAAUUGAGACCCGCCUCCAGUUUUCCCAGCCCGGGCCCCAACAAUCUUCUGGCUUGACUUCAUCAAGAGCAUCUGAAUCACCGCGACCAACUCAUGGCAUUCAUGUAAAUCCAAAAUAUUUGGAAGCGAGGCGUCAGCUUGGGCACUCCACUAUUGAUUCAGUUAGAGUUGAAAAUCCUGCAGGCCAUAUAUCUUCAGAUCUAGAAGCUAAGCAAGUUUUGUCUACAGCUUCAAAGAAUGCAAGGUCAUCCUCUCCUUAUAGAGUGGGGCCCGCGAGGUCAUUGUCACCCACCCUUGAUGAGUUUGCAGUGGAUAAUUCUGCCAUAGGACUCAGAGAAGGGGCCUCACCAUCUCAUUCUGCACUUGAUUAUGGGCUUAACAGAGUAAGAGGUAGAGAUGAUGAGAGGAAUGAGUGGCAGAGAAUUUUGCCUGAUGAUGCCAAUCAGCAACCAGACAUUCCUGUUAAAUAUGGUCUGAACAAGGAUUAUGGUCUGAACAGGGAUUUUGAUCUUCAAGGACCUAGAGCUUUGAUUGAUGCUUAUGGAAUUGAUGAAAGGGAAAAAUUAGUCAAUCAGAGGCAACGAAAGAUGGGGAAUGCUGCUAUGAAUAGCUUAGGCGAAAGGGUAGCUGUAAAGACGUGGCAAAAUACUGAAGAGGAAGAAUUCAAUUGGGAAGAUAUGAGUCCAACUUUAGCAGAUCAGAGUCCUUUUAAUGAUUUGUCAACAUCUGUUCGUCAUCCUCAGGGUAUUAGGACGAGACCUGGCUUAGAUUCACAACAUGUUGUGCCUUUAGUGUCUGAUCCUAGAAGGAGCUGGUCUAAUCGAGGACAAUAUUCGUCAGUUCAUGAUUCUUCCUUGGAUGAUGUUCACUCGUCUGGUCGAGGGGCGAGAAAUAAAAUUACUGGAUAUUGCGAUGAGACAUCUCUGAUUUCAGGUUCGCCUUAUCUUCAAAAACUUCCAGAAAAUGUGCCACUGUUGCCUCAAAGACAUUUAAAGGUUGAAGGAAGUGGAAUAGUGACUGGUGAACCAAAGCAUCCUUUGAUUAGCAAUUUGGUUGCCGAUGGACAUACUUGGAGGCCGCCAUAUAUUCCGCCAAAAAUGAAUCCUACUUUUGAGUCUUCAGUUCAGGAUAUUCGGGCUGUUACUGGACGGGCCCCGAUUGUACCAUGGCCUCCCACAGAUGUGCAUAAUCCCCAAUCUUUGACUUCAAAACCUUUUGUUCUGCCUCAUCAACAUAUCAGAAGUCCCUUUGAAGUAAAGAAUGGUAGCAAUUCAGUUGCCAAUCAUAAUCUGGACAAGCCAGUUCUUCCUGGGCAACAGAUUGAUAAUUCGAAGAGCAACUCAUAUAUCAAGUUUCCGCAAUUUCCUAGUCAACAUCCUGCAUCAUUUUCUGCAAGUCUUCAAAACCCUGAACAAGUGGCUUCAGCAGAAUCUCAGCUAUUGUUUUCUCAGCGUAUGCAUCAGACUACGGUUCCAAGUGCCUCACUUCCAGCCUCGAACCAUUUUCUAUUACCGCCAAUUUAUGGAUACAAUCCACAGGGUCCUGGUUCUUCUGUAGGUACUCUGUUGCCCCUGCCAGUUUCAGGUCCGCAGGUGUCUCUGCCAUUGGUUAAUAUCCCAAAUACAUCUUCACAAUUCUCCUCAGGGGCCUUACCACCUUUGCCCAGAGGCCCACUUCCAAUGUCAUCUCAAUUCACGCCAACAUCCCAAAAUCUAGGUCAGGUUACUCCUAACCCUCCGGCAGGGGGCUUUUCAAGCUUGAUUAGCUCACUCAUGGCCCAAGGUUUGAUUUCGUUGACAAAUGAAGCUCCCCCACAGGAUUCUGUGGGCCUUGAUUUUAAUCCGGAUCUCCUUAAGGUUCGUCAUGAUUCUGCGGUAACUGCUUUAUAUGCUGAUCUUCCAAGACAGUGCACAACUUGUGGCCUACGGUUUAAAUGCCAAGAGGCUCACAGCAGUCACAUGGAUUGGCAUGUAACUAAGAACCGAGUAUCAAAAAAUCGCAAGCAGAAGUCUUCUCGUAAGUGGUUUGUGAGUGUCAAUAUGUGGUUUAGUGGUACGGAGGCUUUGGGAUCUGAUGCAGCUCCUGGAUUUCUACCCGCUGAGCAAGUUGUGGAAAAGAAGGAUGAUGAAGAAUUGGCCGUGCCUGCUGAUGAUGAGCAAAAUGUUUGUGCACUGUGUGGAGAGCCUUUUGAUGAUUUUUACAGUGACGAGACUGAAGAAUGGAUGUAUAAGGGGGCUGUCUAUAUGAAUGCACCAAGUGGGUCAACUGCUGGAAUGGAAAAGUCUCAGUUGGGUCCAAUUAUUCAUGCAAAAUGCAGGUCUGAAUCUAGUGCAACUCCACAUGAGGACUCCAGAAGAGUGGAUGAG